UAGAAACAAUAAGGAAAUAACUUAUAACUUGAAAAGUGAAAAUAGUGCAUUAAACAUGGACAAAUUAACAACAAUUAGUGCCACCCUAUUCAUGGCGGCCGAUGUGUUCGCUAUAGUGAGUCUAGCGCUGCCCGAUUGGAUUAUUACAGAGGAAGCUGGAGACAUACGGCUGGGCCUGAUGUGGACUUGCAUGACGUUGUACAACCGGCCGCAGGUCUGCUAUACGCCCGAUCUGCAGCCGGAAUGGCUGAUCGCACUCGUUUGCAUUUUCAUCGGCUGCAUAUGCAUCACGACGACAAUAAUACUUCUGGCCUCCAGCACCUGGGACCGCAACGUAAUUCCAUAUGCCCGCUGGGUGGGCUUUGCUGCAAUGGUUCUGUUCUGCAUGGCAGCCGUUGUCUUUCCGUUGGGUUUCCACAUCGAAGAGAUUGGCGGGCAGGCGUAUCAGCUACCCAACACAUUUAAAAUUGGCAUUUCGUACAUCAUGUUUGUACUGGCGCUGUGGAUAACAGUUGUGUCCGAACUAUUUGCGGGCAAAGUGUGUCUGCCCCACUUUUAGAUCGUAUUCAUUGACA